AUGUCAAAGAGAGGAAGCGGCGGAACUGAAGCCGAUUUGCUGGAACAAUUCAAACCAUUGCUGAAGGCAGAUCUUGCGAUACAUGUGAAAAAGAUCGAAGAAAUCAAACAAUGGCUCACAGCUGCCCGAGAGAUGAAACCAGCGACGCAGAUGUUGCUAAUAACGGGUCCAUCGGGCAGCGGAAAAAGUAUUACGCUUAAAACACUUGCACAAGAGAUGAAGUACGGCAUCUCUGAAUGGACGUCACCCGUCGAUGUUGAUCUUUUCUUCGACGAUAACUACGAUUUUGAAGUUGGCGAAGAAAAGAAAAGACGCCAUACGCAAAAAACACUGUUCGAUGAUUUUCUUUACAAAACGUCUCGCUACUGCUCCUUGUUCAGUACGGCGAACGACAAGUUGCUGCUGGUAAAAGACUUUCCUAAUUCCAUGCUCACAACGCCGACAGAGUUCCAUGAUUCGUUGGAAAGAUUUCGGGACAAUAGCGUUACGCCAAUUGUAUUUAUUGCAACCGAUAGCACGAGCAAAUCGUUGGACAUCGCCUACAAGCUGUUCCCGUCGGCUAUUAUGGAUAGUUUUCAAAUCCAUUUAAUCAAGUUUAAUGCGGUAUCAACAACGCUGAUGAAGAAAGCCAUAAAGCGAAUCUCUAGCAUUAUCAAGGAAGACAAGCAAAUCUCUCAGUUGUAUCAGAUCGUUCCUUCGAAAGCAAUCGAAGAUGACAUAAUAACUUCUUCCCAAGGAGAUCUCAGAAAUUGUUGCUUAAACUAUUUAUUUUCUUGCAUGAAAUGUUCAAUUGGACCAUUACCAAAGCGUCCAUGUCUCGAUAGUAGCAUCAGCAAGGGUGGAAAGAAGGCCACAUCGAAAUCAGCUAAUGCUAAAGUGGGCUUGGGUUUAAAUGAAAAUUUAACUUUUUUGCAUUGGCUUGGACGAAUUUUCUAUCCGAAGUAUGUACAACAUGCGGAAGAGGUCAGAUUUCUGCAUUCUCCGGAAAGCAUUACGGAUAACUUUAUGACUCAACCGUCGACUGUGGUAUCGAUGCUUCAUUCGAAUUACAUAACCAGAUGCUCGAAUAUACAAAAUGUAUCCCGCGCGGCUGAAGCCCUUGCUCUGGUUGAUAUAAUCAUGAAGACAUACUGGCAUGACCAGCUGGCAUUGUGUGGUUUAAAUACAGCUGUGCGUAGCAUGAUGAGCUGCAAUGAACCUCAAACCCCACACAUUUGGCAGCAGAUCAAAAGGAAAAUCAAAGUCCAGUCGCACGACAAAAUCCAGGCAAAAGUGGAGGAAUGCGUAAGGAAUCAAAUAAUUACUCGGCAUGUUCCAACGAGGGUUUUUGCCACUGAGUACAGCGGGUACGUGUCAAUUAUUCAAAAAGAUAAACUUAAUAGAUGUCAAUAUUAA